UAACUGGUUCCAUUUUGCCCUUGUUUUUGAAUCAGAAACAGGUUGGAUCGAAGUCGUCUUGAACUGAACUCGUCGUCGGAGUUCGUCGUCAGCCACCAGAAAAGCAGCGUUAAAGUCCGUCCAGGUCAGAGAAUGCCAUUCGCGGCCGCGAUAUCCACCCUGCGAUUCCGUGUUAUUGCGCCCUAAACCGGCGCAAUUGAAAGCAUAGAUUGCACAUACCUUGAAUAGUUAGGGUAUUGAUUUUUGCACAAGUACAAUUUCAUACUCAGAUGAAUAACUCUUAGGGUAAAGUUUCCAUCAUCUAUUUAAGUUCACCGUGUAACAAUGAGGCAUAACCAUGGUUCAAUUCCUUCUCAUGUUUUGGAAAACAAACUCGCCGCUCAAGAAGCAGAAAUCGAACGACUUGCAGGUGAUAAUCAUAGAUUAGCAAAUACACAUAAAGCUUUAAGAGAUGCACUUGUUGCUGCUGCACAAGAUGUGCAAAAGAUUAAGUCACACAUUAGAAGUACUCAAACUGAAAGUGAUAUUCAAAUUAGAGUUUUAUUAGAUAAGAUUGCUAAAAUGGAGGUUGAUAUUAGAGCUAGUGAUACUGUUAAGAAGGAGCUUCAACAGGCUCAUAUUGAGGCGCAGAAUUUGGCCGCUUCUAGGCAAGAAUUGAGUGCUCAAAUUCAAUUAGCUACUCAUGAAUUGAAGAAGGCUAUUGGCGAUGUUAAAUGUUUGCCGGAUUGUCACGCUGAAUUGGAUAGUUUAGUGCAAGAGCACCAGCGGAUUCGUGACACAUUCGAAUAUGAAAAGAGCAAAAAUGUAGAGCUAGUAGAUCACUUAAAAGCAAAAGAGAAGAAACUAAUAGCGAUGGCGAGAGAAGUUGAAAUGUUACGGUCUGAGAUUUUGAAUGCUGAGAAAAGAAUAAAUGCACCAAAUCUGUUUGGAGCUGCUGCCCCGGCAGAUGGCAGUGGUCCCUUUCUCGACCAUUAUGGGAGAGCUCAUGGUCAGAUGGGUAUUGGCCAAGUAGGAGAGUCUAUGGUACCGGUUGUUGACAGCAAUGGAGUAGCAGUUGUAAAUAGUACUGAUGGUAGCGGUGCUGGUUGGGUAGGUACUUAUGAUCCAUCAGUUGCUGGGAGAUGAAGUUUAAUGAGUGACGAUCAAUCAUAUGCAGCUUGACUUCAGCUUUUGUUGGUACAAUGCAAUGGGGAUGUGAUGAUUUUUCCUAUGUAAAUCUCAGAUUGGGUGGUUUUAUUGAUUGCUCAUUUCCUUAAAACAUCAUGCAGUUUUGCGAAUUGUUGCAUUAAACUGCAAAUGAAGGAGCCAAAGAUAUGUCUCUCAAACAACUUACGGUAGGUGUAGUUGUAAGCUUUGUUAUUGAUUUUGAAGUUUUUAACCAGGAGGAACCAAUCUUAUUAAACAUGCUUAGGAUUUGUUAUUCAUCAGAAAUGAUUAGACAGUUUGCAAAUCAUUAUGGAUACUAACAAGUACACACUCAAAUCAUCUUUUCAUUUGUUGUUUGGUGCAUAUCUGAAUUUUGUUGGUUUAACUCACCUUUUUGCAUCGAUACUGUUUCAAAAAUUGCCGACAUGAGUUUAAUUUUCCUUUCAGCAA